CCGGGCUAAGUGCGGUAUUGUGGGGAAGAUGGCGGCGUUGGUCCUCCCUACUGACUGGAUCAAAAACUGGGAAAAAUCAGGAAAAAAUGAGUUUUUACAAUUAUGUCGGACUCUUGCAGACCAGCCUAAUGAUGACAUGAUGUUAAGAGACAUCCAGGCUGCCCUGUACCAGCUCUCGUCGCACGCCAUCAGCGGGAGCCUGAAGCUGGAGCUGGCGGCCAGCAUCCUCGGCGACGUCGUGGAGUUGCGUGAAGAUAUGUCAUCCAUUUUAGCUGAUGUAUUUUGUAUAUUAGAUAUCGAGACUGGUUGCUUGGAGGAAAAAAACAAGCGAGACCAUUUUACCCAACUGGUGGGAGCAUGUCUGUUCUUUGUGCCGGACGCCGUGCUGAAGGAGCGGCUGGACCCGGAGACGCUGGAGUCCCUGGGACUGAUCAAGCAGGCGCAGCAGUUCAAUCAGAAGAUCGUGAAGAUCAAGACGAAGCUGUUCUACAAGCAGCAGAAGUUCAAUUUGCUAAGGGAGGAGAAUGAGGGGUACGCCAAGCUGAUCACGGAGCUGGGCCAGGACCUGUCGGGGAACGUCACCAGCCGCCUCGUACUGGAGAGCAUCAAGUCACUGAUAGGGUGUUUCAAUCUGGACCCUAACCGCGUGCUGGACAUUAUACUGGAGGUCUACGAGUGUCGCUGUGACCAGGAUGAGUUUUUUGUUCCCCUUAUCAAGUCCUACAUGUGCGAGCACCAGACCCUCUGCCACAUCUUGGGUUUCAAGUUCAAAUUUCAUCAGGAGCCGAACGGGGAGACGCCGUCGUCGCUCUACCAUGUGGCCGCCACCCUCCUGCAGCACAACCUCAUUGAGCUCGAGGACCUGUAUGUGCACCUGAUGCCCCCGGACGCCAGCAUCAUCGAGGAGCACAAGGGGGAGAUCCUGGAGGCCAAACAGAUUGCCCGCAAGCUAACCAUGGUCGUCGUCCCAUCGGAGAAGAGCGAGGACAAGGACAAGGACAAGGAGAAGGAGGAGGAGAAGAACGAGAAGCCCCCGGAUAACCAGAAGCUGGGCCUGCUGGAGGCGCUGCUGAAGAUCGGGGACUGGCACCACGCGCAGAGCAUCAUGGAGCAGAUGCCCGCCUUCUACGCCACCUCGCACAAGGCCAUCGCCGUGGCGCUGUGCCAGCUGCUCCACCUGACCGCGGAGCCUCUGUACCGCAGAGCUGGGGUCCCCAAAGGGGCCAAAGGCUGCCUGAUGCGGCCCCUCCGGAACAAGAAAGCCCCACGGGUGGCUGAGACCUUCGAGGACCUGCGGCGCGAGGUCUUCAGCAUGCUGUGCUACCUGGGCCCCCACCUGUCCCACGACCCCAUCCUGUUUGCCAAGAUCGUCCGCCUGGGCAAGGGCUUCAUGAAGGAGUACCUAAACGAGAGCAGACAGGAUCACAAAGAGAAAAUGGAGACCUUGCUGAGCUGUUUCCUCAGCAUCGCAGAUCAGGUCCUGCUGCCCUCUCUCACCUUGAUGGACUGCAAUGCCUGCAUGUCCGAGGAGCUGUGGGGCUUCUUCAAACUCCUCCCUUACCAGCACAGGUAUCGACUGUACGGCCAGUGGAAGAACGAGACCUACAGCAGCCACCCUUUACUGGUCAAGGUCAAAGCUCAGACAGUGGACAGAGCCAAAUACAUCAUGAAGCGACUGACCAAGGAAAACGUGAAGCCCUCCGGACGGCAGAUCGGCAAGCUGAGCCACAGCAACCCCACCAUCCUCUUCGAUUAUAUCCUGUCUCAGAUCCAGUGGUAUGACAACCUCAUCACGCCGGUGGUGGACUCCCUGAAAUACCUCACUUCACUCAGCUACGAUGUGCUGGCCUAUUGCAUUAUCGAAGCCCUGGCAAAUCCUGAGAAGGAGAAGAUGAAGCACGAUGACACCACCAUCUCCUCCUGGCUCCAGAGUCUGGCCAGUCUCUGUGGAGCUGUUUUUCGGAAGUACCCCAUUGAACUGGCGGGCCUGCUGCAGUAUGUCACCAAUCAGCUGAAGGCUGGAAAGAGUUUCGAUCUGCUGAUCCUGAAGGAGGUCGUGCAGAAGAUGGCUGGGAUCGAGAUCACCGAUGAGAUGACGAUGGAGCAGCUGGAGGCCAUGACAGGAGGAGAGCAGCUCAAAGCGGAGGGCGGCUACUUUGGUCAGAUCCGGAACACCAAGAAGUCGUCACAGCGGCUGAAGGACGCUCUGCUGGACCACGAGCUGGCCCUGCCCCUGUGUCUGCUGAUGGCCCAGCAGAGGAACGGGGUGGUCUUUUCUGAGGGCGGGGAGAAGCACCUCAAACUGGUGGGCAAGCUCUACGACCAGUGCCACGACACCUUGGUGCAGUUCGGCGGGUUCCUGGCCUCCAACCUGAGCACGGAGGACUACAUCAAGCGCGUGCCGCCCGUGGACGUCCUCUGCAACCAGUUCCACACGCCCCACGACGCCGCCUUCUUCCUGUCCCGCCCCAUGUACGCCCACCAGAUCCUGUCUAAGUACGACGAGCUGAAAAAGGCGGAGAAAGGCAACCGGCAGCAGCAGAAAGUUCACAAGUACAUCGCCGCGUGCGACCUGGUGAUGGCGCCGGUGCACGAGGCCGUCGUGUCCCUGCACCUGCCCAAGGUGUGGGACGACCUGCGGCCGCAGUUCUACGCCACCUUCUGGUCGCUCACCAUGUACGACCUGGCCGUGCCCCACAGCGCCUACGACCGCGAGGUCAACAAGCUGAAGGCGCAGAUGAAGGCCAUCGACGAAAACCCCGAGAUGCCCUUGAAUAAGAAGAAGAAGGAGAAGGAGAGGUGCACGGCGCUGCAGGACAAGCUGCUGGAGGAAGAGAAGAAGCAGCUGGAGCACGUCCAGAGGGUCCUCCACCGCCUCAAGCUAGAGAAGGACAACUGGCUGCUGGCCAAGUCCACCAAGAACGAGACCAUCACCAAGUUCCUGCAGCUCUGCCUCUUCCCCCGCUGCAUCUUCUCCGCCAUCGACGCCGUCUACUGCGCCCGCUUCGUCGAGCUCGUGCACCAGCAGAAGACCCCCAACUUCUGCACCCUGCUGUGCUACGACAGGGUGUUCUCGGACAUCAUCUACACGGUGGCCAGCUGCACGGAGAAUGAGGCCCGCCGCUACGGCCGCUUCCUGUGCUGCAUGCUGGAGACGGUGACCCGGUGGCACAGCGACCGCGCCAUCUACGAGAAGGAGUGUGGCAAUUACCCAGGGUUCCUCACCAUCUUCAGAGCGACCGGCUUUGAUGGGGGGAACAAGGCGGACCAACUGGACUAUGAGAAUUUCCGACACGUCGUCCACAAGUGGCAUUACAAGCUAACUAAAGCGUCCGUGCACUGCCUGGAGACGGGCGAGUACACGCACAUCCGCAACAUCCUCAUCGUGCUCACCAAGAUCCUGCCGUGCUACCCCAAAGUGCUGAACCUGGGCCAGGCCCUGGAGUGCCGCGUCCACAAGAUCUGCCAGGAGGAGAAGGAGAAGAGGCCCGACCUCUAUGCGUUGGCUAUGGGCUACUCAGGGCAGUUGAAAGGCAGGAAAGUGCACAUGGUCCCUGAGAACGAGUUCCACCACAAGGAGCAGCCGGUGCGCAGCGCCACGCCCGCCAGCCUGCAGAACGGCCCGGGCAGCGCGGGCAAGCCCGCUCCCUCCGCCGCUAACGCCGGCAAGCCAGAGGAGGGCGCCGCUGAGGACACAGAUAAAUCCAAGGAGAAAUCUCAGGGGCCUGUGAAACCUGCCAACAAAACCAACAACACAACGACCAAAGUGACCACCAGCAAUGGGAACAGUGCUCCAAACAGCACCAAAACCAGCAAAGAGAAGGAAGACAAAGAGAAAAGUGGGAAGGAGAAAAAGGAGAAGAAAGAGAAGACUCCAGGCGGCACUCCAGAGGCCAAAGCCAGCGGUAAGGAGAGGCAGAAGGAGGAGAGGUCUGCCAAAGACGAGAAGAUGCGCGACAGCAAGGAGAAGACGCCCAAGGCCGACAAGGACAAGCCCAAGAAGGACGAGAAGAGCAAGGAGGACAAGGCCAAGGCCGGCGGCAACUCAGACUUCAAGUCCUCUGACAAGGAGUCCUCCAAGGAGCGUGACGUGGCCAAGGAGAACAGCAAGGGAGAGAAGAAUACUGCAGCUGGGUCCUUGAAGUCACCUGUUCCCAGAUCAGAGUCGGCCGAGACCGAAAGGGAACAAAAGAGACGAAAGCUCGACACCCACUCUUCGCCGUCGCACUCCUCCGCUGUUAAGGACAAUCUCAACGAACUCAAGGAUUCCGCAUCAAAGCACUACGCCAACCACAACACAGCCACACAGUCCAAAAGCAAAGAGAUGGAGAUGGACAAGAAAGACUCAGAGAAAUCCAGAGACCGCUCCAAAGAAAAAGAAAAGAAGGAAGACAAAGACCGGAAGGACAGGAAACGAGAUUAUUCAAACAGUGACCGUGAGAUGAGUCAAGAACUGAAGCGCAGAAAAGAUGAGAACGGAACAAGCUCUUCCAAACACAGCAAGAGCGCCAGUCCCUCCGACUCGCCGCACUCAAACGACAAGAGCAAGAGCUCCAAAUCCACCAGCAAGGAGAAGGGUGACCUGGCCAAGGCCCAGAAGAACUCCUCUACAGGCAAAAAGGAGUCCAGGCAUGAAAAAGAGAAGUCUGACAAGAAAGAAAAGAGGGACAGCACAGGAGCGAAAGAAGACAAAAAACAAUAUCCUUCACAGGCGUAACAAAACAGCAACAUGCAAUUCCCACACCACUGACCUGCUGCGAAUUCUCUGCUGUGGGCUGCAACAAGCUGGAGCACUGCUUUCACCCAACACACACCUGUACCACACCUGCUUUUAUGUCCAUAAUUUCCCCCCAUCAAUCACCGACUGAAAAGAGGACCCAUCACAGAUAGGAGAAAUCUGCCUGCAUAGAUACUUUCUGUUAUUCUGCCUAGAAAUGUUCUAGUCCUAGUGUUUCGACCUCCAUUUUUGGUUCUUUACUGUGUAAUUUCAGUAACCAGCUGAAAGUCUCUUUACUUUCAAUAUUGGCACAAUGUGCUGAUCACAUGACAGUGUAAUUUGAGUACAAACAGGUAUUGAAUACUCUGACUUGCUUUCUUCAGGCCUGCGUGAGUUUGUACAAUUUCUCAAGUGAUGAAAACUUAAACGUUUUUUUUUUUUUUAGUCAGGCUUUUUUAAAAAAAUUGCAAUUAAUACCUUUAGCAUUUCUGCAUUUACCUCAAUUAGAUGGCCAUUUUUAUUUAUUUUUUCCUCCUUUUAAUCCACGUAUGUGAUAUUUAGGCUUAGAUGUUUGGAACAAUAAAAAUGGUAUAUUUGUAUAUUAUGUAUACAAUAAUAAAAAUGGUUACAUGUAAAAUCCCUAUCUGUUACACUCAUUUCAAAUGUCCCUCGCUAAAUCUGUUUUAAUUUUCCUGUAUGCGUGUUAAUCACGUUUUUAAAUGAUUUGUAUAAAAUAAAGUUGCAUUUCUUCACGAUGCAAAUGGGUGGAUUGUAAAACUUGAGAAGCUUUGUACCACAAACAUUAGUCACAGAACUUUCAGAACAACUUUUUGGAGUUUUUAAUCUGCUGUAUUCUACCAGUGUAUGCUUUUUUUUCUAAAUAAAUGAUAGUUUUCUU